AUGUCGCUCUCGCUGGCGGUUGUCACUGCUGGUUUCUUCAUGCCCCUGGGACUUAGCUGUGCAGCCGAAGUUCCCGCUGCAGCUCAAAUCAUUGACUGGAAGAGCUUUAACGUUCUUCCGACGGUGCUCCCUCCGGCAGAGGCCAACGACUCUACGCUCUUCUUGUGGCCCGGCGUGACGAUAGAUUCUCUUGAAGCCAAACCCUUCCAUAUCUACGACCCCGAGUUCUACGAUGUCAUUGGGCAGAACCCCUCGCUGACCCUGAUUGCUACAUCUGACACGGAUCCUAUUUUCCAUGAGGCCGUUGUCUGGAACCCUCCUACUGAAGAGGUCUUCUUCGUCCAGAACGCUGGCGCUCCUGCUGCAGGUACUGGGUUGAACAAGUCGUCCGUCAUUCAGAAGAUCUCACUUGCGGAAGCCGAGGCCGUACGAACAGGUUCCAGGGCCAACGCUACCGUCACUGUCGUCCCUUCGCAUCCGCAGGUCAUCAACCCCAAUGUCCUCCUGAACAACUACUUCGGUCGUCAGUUUAAUUCACUCAAUGACGUCGUCAUCAACCCUCGCAACGGGGAGCUGUACUUCACCGACACCCUAUACGGCUUCCUCCAGGACUUCCGUCCUCCACCUGGGCUGCGUAAUCAGGUCUAUCGUUACAACUUCGAGACGGGUUCAAUUGCUGUCGUCGCAGACGACUUCACUUUGCCCAACGGUCUUACCUUCUCACCUGAUGGCUUGAAAGCCUAUGUCACCGACACAGGCAUUGCCCUUGGAUUUUACGGUCGCAACCUCUCGUCUCCCGCCUCAGUCUACUCAUUUGACGUGAAUGAAGACGGCACCUGGGAGAAUCGCAAGACCUUUGCUUACACUGCCGCAUUCAUCCCCGACGGUGUUCACACCGACUCUGUUGGCCGUGUCUACACUGGCUGUGGCGAUGGUGUUCAUGUCUUCAAUCCUUCCGGCAAACUCAUUGGCAAGAUUUACACUGGCACAACAGCUGCCAACUUCCAGUUCGCUGGGAAUGGCCGGAUGAUUAUCACUGGACAGACGAAGCUGUUUUAUGUCACCCUGGCUGCGUCGGGUGUGGCCAUACAGUAG